GUAUUCUUAUCUAUCUGAAUAAUAUACACACGUAGUAUGGGACUUAGGUUAAGUGACACUUUAAUCAUGAAACCAGUUUUGGCCGUUGUCUUCCUUUGCACAUAUUCGUGUUUUUCAUUGCCUGUUGACCUCGAAUCAAGAUUGAGGACAUUGGAGGAAACUGUCAAGAAACAUGGACGUGAAAAUUUGUAUCUAAAAGGAGCCGUCUCCCUGUUACAAAACGACAACCACCGACUAUCCAAAAGUCUUGAUGAACUGGCAGGUGGUCAAUAUGAACACAGCCGCGUGGGGAACCGCAGAUUACUUCACCAAGAUAUACCUAUAGAUGGAAUUGGUUUCUAUGCCUACAUGUCAACAGACGAACCGGAUCCGCGUGGUCAUCAUACUCUUGUUUACGACGAAGUGCAGACGAAUCUCGGUAACGGCUACAACAAAAACACCGGGGUGUUCACCGCUCCGAGAGAUGGUCUCUACUCCUUCACGUGGUCCACGCGGGUCGCAUGUAGGGCUCCACACAGCACGGAUCUUAUCAUCAAUCAAAGAAUUCUGGGAAGCACGUAUGCUUACUGUAAUUUUAACACCGUUACUGGCCACGUGGUCGCAACAGUAUCCCAAGGAGACGUCGUCUUUGUUCGCACACAUAUCUCAAAUCCUGGUCAAGGCCCCAUAACAAGCAAUGAAUAUGGCAGAACGACGUUCUCAGGAUUUUUGAUUGAAUAAAGAAAUGGUUUCUUAGA